CAAAGCUCACCUCCCCAUAAUAUCUAUUCUCCACACACACAAUUACACAAACACACAGAGACACAGAUGUUUUGACAGUAAAUCACAUGAAAUGGCUACAAACCAACCUUCAUGUAACCAUGGGGAUGAAGACUAUAUAGAUAUGGAGGUGAGCUCUUCUUCCAACUUCUUCUGUUACUCUAUUACUUCUCCAUCACAAAACAGAGAGUUUGAGUUCCAAAUGACUUCACUCUCACAUGAGAGAGUUCCCAAAACUUCCCCUGCUGAUGAGCUCUUUUACAAGGGAAAACUCCUCCCUCUUCACCUCCCCCCUCGCUUACAAAUGGUGAGAAAAAUCAUCCAGAGCUCCAACACCCACAAAACAGAACAAGCCUUGGAAGAAGACCAUAGCAGCCCCUUCACUACCACACCUUCAAAUGCCAGCAGCCCACUUGAAUCUCGCACCAUUUCACCAUCUGAGUCCAGUCGGGUUAGUUGUGAGCUAAACCCAGAUGAGUAUUUCUUUGAAUGGUCUAUUAAUGAAACGAGUGGAUUAAUCCUUGGCGGUCAUCCAAAGAAGUCUUGGUCCAAGAAGAUGAAGUUAAUCAAGAAAUUCUUGCUCGGUCAAAAGCUCAAGGCUUCAAGAGCAUAUCUCAAGUCUUUUUUCAGCAAAUCUGGUUGCUCAGAUGAAUCCUCUGCCAAGGCAGCAAGUAAUGUAGAAGCAGAAAUUGUGUCAAAGGGCAGGGGAGCCAAGAAAAAACCAUCUGGGAAAAUUGAUGAUGAGAAAUGCCAUUUAUCAAACACUUUUAUGAAGAGCAUUGACAGAGAGAUGCUUGAGGAUGGUAUUAUUAAUACCCACAGGAGAUCUUUCUCAGGGGUGAUUCAACGGCAUUCUGCAACAAAGUCUUCAUCUUCAUCAACAUCCUCAUCUGGGUCUUCAUCUUUUUCAUUUGGUUCAAAUAGUUUGUACGAUUUACAACUACUCAAGAGGAGUUGCAGCGCGAGUUCAGAGAUUGAGAAUUCAAUAGAGGGGGCGAUCGCUCAUUGUAAACAGUCUCAUCAGCUGUUUAGUUCAACGAUUGCUAGUAAAGUUGGUGUUUCUUCGCUGUCAGCUUCAAGGACUGCAGUUUGUGGGGAUCAAGAAAGAAGAGGAUUUUGCAGCAUUUGAUGGUGAUUGGGGGAAAAGAAUUCCACGAGAAAGACGUGGGAGAGAAAUAUUUACAAUUGCAUGAUAAGAUGGAAACACUUUUCCUGUUAAAUGUACUAUGAUGUUUGGAUAUUUCAUGGUUUGCAUGUACUAAUAUUAGACUAGCUAGUUCUUCUUGUUAAAAUUAAUGCGUGGAAGAAAUUGUUUGAAGUUCCUUGACUAUUAAUUUGUGAAAGAAACUUUAAUGGGAAGAUCUAUCU